AUGGAUGCUUAUCGUUUAUAUACAGUGAAACGUUUUAAAGAAGAAACAACUUUAGAAGAUUGUUUUGUUUCAUUAAAUGUUCUUUGUUAUGUACUUUUAACUAUGGCUAAUUUAAUGGUACCAUUUACACCAUUUCUUGCUGAAUUUAUAUAUCAAAUCUUAAGAAAAUUAAUGCCACGAUCAUUAUCUUCUUCUGAACAAGAAUUAAGUAUUCAUUUUCAAAUGAUUCCAAGAUCACAUCAUUUAUUAGUAAAUAAAAAUAUUGAACAUGCUGUAGCUGCUGUACAAACAGUUAUUGGAUUAGGUCGAGCGGUACGAGAACGAAAAGUUGUUCCAAUGAAAUAUCCAUUACCAGAACUUGUUGUUAUUCAUAAAGAUGAGUCCGGUUUAAAUGUACGUAACGUAAUAUUAUCUCAAGAUCGUGAACUUUUUGGUAUUGAAAUACGUGCUGAACCAAAUCAUCCAAUAUUAGUCAUAAAAGAUGAUGAUAAAUAUUUUUCUAAAACUAAAUCAAUAAAUGAACAAAUUCGUCAAAUGUCUAAUACAGAUAUUGAAGAUUUAUUAUUAAAAGGUGAAGUCUAUCGCGUGACUAAACAAACACAAUGUGAAGCCACUGCUGAACAAGGAUUUGUCGUUUUUACUUGA